AUGGAUCCAGUAAUGAAGAUCAUCGGCGCUUAUCCAGAAGACGACGACUCGACUGCGCUCAUCGUCAGGAACAAGCGCCUAUCCGUCCUGAAAGAGGAAGCACCGAGAUUGAUGAGAGAUGCCCGCGCCACUCGUAAGCCGGGAUCCGGCAUCUCUCACCUGAAUCUGAUGUCGCUCAUAUACAGGAGUUGGCUCUUCCAGCUCCUCGAGUAUAUCGCUGUCACCAUAGGCUUACUCGUGUCGCUGCUGCGAUCGAGGUAUCAGCAUUUCCAGCAUCCGAGCACCACCCAUCCUCCUCCACCCCUGAACCGCAAAACCACCACCCAAGCACUCCAGCCCUUGAUCCUCUUCCUCGCAGCACUCGACGCCGCACAUGCCUUCUCCAACACAGCAAAACCCGACAUCCCCACCGACCAGAUCACCGUCCACGGCGCCGCAGAACUCAGUACCCACAUCGACAUCCUCCCGCAGCAACACCCUAUCCCUAUCCCCCUAUCUCAGACACCGUAUCGGGUAUACGAUAAAUUCGACCAGACGGUCGAGAUCCUCACCGGGGCAGUCAGUCUACUUCGUGACCCAGCCAUCUGCACCGCCGCCGUCUCUCUGCUCAUCGAAUGCAUCACCGCCAUAAAGUACAGCGGCCACGCAUACGAGAUCUCAGUUCUGCUGGGCCUUUCACUCAUCGGCGUGCUCUCUGCGGCGGCCGGGAGAGCGGGAUGGAAUACGGUAGAGUGGGAAAUGGCGCUGGACCCUGCGAAUCAGUUCGAUGAUGAGACGCCCGAGGAACUCGUGCAGUUCGGUAUCCUGGAUUUGGUGGCGCCCGCGGGAACAGUGCACGAUAUGUACGUGACGCGGUAUCGCAGGAAUGGGAUUGUGGUCAGGGGGUCGGUGGAGGGGAGGGCUGCGAGCAUGGUCCCGGGGGGGGGUAGAUCAUACCGGAUAUAAGAUAUCGUAUGGCGUUGGACAGACGGACGAGAUAGACACGGCGGAUCAAGACAUGCUGGUCGCUGCGAUUUGCCGUUCCUGGGCUCGUCUGGGCGAAGGGGAUCCCGCCCCCAUUCAACUGAUCUCAAUCGAGACCUUCAGGGAGUCGGACUCAUCGACCUUUUCUUCGGUCUGGACCGAGACAUCCAGCUCGAAAACAUCGAGGUUGUCGGCCUUAUGAAGGGAUGUUUAUAAAAAUGAAAAAAAAA